CUGAAACACUCAGUGAAAGCACACGUGGGUCUCUGUUCAGGGGGGAGAGCCAGCGCUGCACAGGGACAGAGAGCCGGAGAAGGAGUGUGCAUGUGUGUUUGAGGAAGCAAAGCGGUGAUUUCAGCUCAAGUAGAGAAGCGCUUAUGGGAUGUGAGUGAGUACAAACAACAAGUUCAACCCUUCAGGAUCAAUUCUCAAAGUCUGACUGUCAAGAAAAACUAAAUUCAAAGGGUCUGUAGUGGCAGAGCAAUGUAAUACUAGAGCGCAACUGUGCCAGAGGACUAUCCGGAGAGCAAACAAGUGCAGGAUUGGUUCCAAAGCUAAAACCCCCAUGCAUUACGAACUCUAGAGUCUUACAAGAAACAGUCGAGAUUAGUGUGGAGAGGUUUGGAAAUUUCAGCACCUGCUGACAAUGUCUUUCACGAUGGUGCGACAGGCUCCCAGCCGAUACCUGUACUCGGAGAUCUCAAUGAUGUCGGAGGACGAUGAAAACGGAAGCGAGAGCUCAGGCUCAGACGACCGCUCGUUUCGCUUGGACGCCUCGGGGUACGACGUUAAAGUUGGAAAAAAGAGAAAACCUGGAGUAAGUGGAGGCGGACGGAUGAUUGGGCCACCACCCAUUUCCGCCAGCUUUAUAGGUCCGUUGCCCGAGGGCCGUCAACGCAACGCAGCCAACGCACGGGAGCGGGACCGCACCAAUAGCGUCAAUACGGCCUUCACCGCAUUGAGGACUCUCAUCCCCACAGAGCCCGCCGACCGGAAGCUAUCAAAGAUCGAGACCUUACGGUUGGCAUCCAGUUACAUAUCUCACCUUGGGAACGUUCUCCUGGUGGGUGAAGCAUGCGGAGACGGCCAGCCGUGCCACAGCGGAGGGCCCUCGACCUCAAACUACUACCACCACCACCACGGCUCACCCAGCCGGGACUCGGAGAACUCGCAGCCCAAACAGAUCUGCACGUUUUGCCUCAGCAACCAGAGGAAAGUGAGCAAAGACAGAGAGAGAAAAUCAGCCCUGAGGAGUUAAGCCACGACAUGAAUGGAUUUACAAAACAUUAGCAUCACCAGUGUACAAAAACUGUUGACUGCAAAUGCAAUGUUAUGGUGUAUAUAUGCAAAUAUCAAUUCAUAUUUAAUUAUUUGUAAAUCGCCUUUGGACUGGAGCAUUUAUUGGAGAAAAACAAA